AUGGCCUCCUCUCCACCCACCACCCUCACCCCCCCAGAUCCCUCCCUGGCCACCGACCCCCCCAUUCCUGCCCUCCGUCCGAACUCCCCUGCAGAUCCAGAUCCAAGACUGCUGGUUGCCGGUGCUACUGUUGGUGACGGGGCUUCUCUCUCGCGCUCCGAGGGAUGCCAUGGGCUCCUCCCUCCACUCAAGUUGCUGCCCCCUUCAGAUCGACUCCCCCCGAACUUCAGGCCACAAAUCGUGUCUGAUGCAUCGCAGGCUCCGGCGGAGAAGGGGUGGGUGGAGGUCGGGGGCCGGCAUCGCCCGAGGUUGGAGAAGCCAUCUGCCCUGCCCCGUAAGAAGAAGGACGACCACUCCCUCGCAUUCAAGCAGAGAUCUUACGGACUCUGCUUCCGUUGCUUGGCGGAGGACCACUUUGUCGCCGAUUGCCGAGGCCCUGUCACCUGCCUGGGUUGCGGCCACUCUAGCCAUCGCAAGCGUGACUGUCUGGGCCGCCUUCCUGCCAGUCAAGGUCGCCUCCGCCGCUCCAUGUUGCCGCCAUAUGCUCCUGGACUCCCCAACCAUGAGCCCCCAACUUCUUCACAACAGUUGCAGCAGCGCUCGUGGGCCGCCGUGGUUGCUUCUCCGAUGGGGCUCGUUCAGGAGGCCCUUUGUAGCAACUCCGGUGUCUCUUGGUCAGGUCUGUCCGAUCCCGGCAAGACUACCUUUGCUGUUGAUCUGGGGCUGCUACAACCCCUUUUUGCAGCACAGACCAAGACGUUGCGCGCUGAACUGCAGGCCCUGGUUACCGCCCGUGUGGAGGAGGUCGUUCAACCUCUCCGCGACAUGGCGGUCACUUUGCAGGGAUGGGCGGCUUGGGUCUCAGGCCUCUUGGAGCGGCUGGAGGAUACCAGUGAUGCGGGUGUGGCCGGUUGCUCAUCCGAGGUACUGGCUACUGUGGCUCUACCUGUAGAUGUUCCUCCUCCUUCGGAUCUAGCUCUGCACAGGAUGGUGACUCAAGGUGAGGAGGCACAAGCUAAGGUUGCUGAGAAAGUCAGAGGGACCGAUGAUAUGGAGCGGACUGAGGUGUCCUUACCCGUUGGCUUGGUUGGAGAGGUGCCGCCCUUGGUCUCCUCUCCAGGGAUGACUGCCUCAGAGGGUAGUAGAAUUUAG